UACGAUGGGGACACGGUAAACGAUGACUCGUGGUGGAAAAAGGAGAUUCGACUAAGGAGUAGAAGAGAAACGAGACAGUGGGAAGGAGACAGAAAGAGGGAGAGUGAGAAGGCGAAAAGGAGAGGGAAAUAAUAUGAAAGAGAGAGGGAAAUAAUCAGGGAGACUGAGCAACACGUUUCACUCAGACCCGGCCUGAAAUCGCGCGUGUCCACGCCGAUACUCGAGCCGCAGCUUCGUGCCUGAAUUAAAAGCGACGAUUUUCCAAGCUGCCGCGCCUUGACGUUAGUACCACUCGACGAAAUCGUGGGACUAAGUGAUUUUUCCACUUUGCCACUAUCGAAGCAACAUUUGACCGCGCUACGUGAAACGGUGUCACAUUUCAUCGGCGAAAGAAAUUGUUUAUCUUUCCUUCACUACCAACACCGGUGACGACGAAAGAGAGGCCGAACAUACGGUAACCAAAUCGAGGAGAGAAGCAAAAAUGGGGUACGGCACGGAAAUGGACAGCUGUGGCCGGUGUAUGAAGUAUACCUUGUUCUUCGUGAACUUCAUCAUUUUCAUCGGCGGAGUGAUUAUAGUCGGACUGGCAACGUGGGCCCUGUUGGAUAAGGUACCAUGGAUAGGCGAAUUAGUAGGGAACGAUUUGCUAACAGGCGCCGUUUACGUUCUACUAGCCGGUGGGAUCAUCGUCGCAUUAGUAGCGUUCUUCGGUUGCGUCGGUGCAUCCCGAGAAGUCAAAUGCAUGCUUCUCACGUACUUCAUCAUCCUGUUCCUCCUGUUCGUGACCAUGUUAAUUGGCGGAGUGCUCGCAUACGUGUUCCGUGAAAAACUAGUGAGCACGCUUGAGAGGGAAAUGUCGAGUUCGAUGAGAGUUUACGAUACCCGUAAAGUAGUCAAAGAGGCCUGGGACACGACGCAGUCGACGCUCCAUUGCUGUGGCGUAAACGGCUGGAGGGAUUGGGGAAAUCUGGGGCUCAAUGUGCCGGAGAGCUGCUGUCGCGAGAUCCAACCUGGCCAGCGAUUCAACUGCAACACUGGACCAGACAGGGUAAACUCCGCGAAUACCUAUCUCGCCGGUUGCAUCAAUGGAACGCAGAUUUACCUGCAGAAGCACGCGUCAACCAUGGGUGGCGCCGGUAUUGCACUCGCGUGCCUGAUGUUCCUCGGCUUGAUAUUCUCGUGCGUUCUCUUCAAGAUGAUAGAAUGACGAGAGAGCAGAGUGCUUUAAAAGACAGCUUCGUUCUUCGUGUCAGGCUAACGAAGAGGAAGAAGUGGAUGUCAGCCGUCCUCGAGCGACUCAUGAAUUCAUAAUCAACGUCAUCGUCAUUGAGUGUACCUAAGCUGAAGUACGAGAAUCAAAAUGCAUCUUCACGCGCAUCUUUCCAAUGUACAGUUCUCACCGUUUUUUCCCUUUAUCCUUUACUUUCUUCUGUUUUCUUCGUUACAUUUAGCAUUAUACUCGAUGUACCUUUGUUUUACGGUUGCUCUUUUAUAAUUUAUAGGAAUACGUGCGUAUUCUCGUUUUAUACAUAGUGUACUGUAUACGUGUAAUUUAUAUGGUGACACACUAUGUGCCUCGUACGCGUAAUAAAUAUGAAACGUGUAUAAACGUCCAUAAAAACUCGGCCGCAUUUCAAUUAUUUCAUUGCUAUUCUCGAAGCGAAUCUACGAAAUAUGCGUGUUUUCUAAAACGACCGUUCACGAGGCAUCAUAUACGAAUAAUUCCGUUGGAGUGACGAGAGGUUGCUCGAAUUUCGCGUCGGAUGACCGUGUGUCUUUCCCUGACAGAUAACCAAUCGCGUUCUUUAAUUCGUUCAGCGAAAUGCGCGUACGUCAGAAUGUUUUCCCGUUGCGGAUUCUAUUCGGACGUCCUCCAUACAUUCCCCAUAACCUGUCUAUCCAACGGUGAAAUAGACACGCGCGGGUAGGUUCAUAGGGUGAAGGAUUUGUCACGAGCUAUUAACGACGAAGCAAACUUCGAGAGAAGACAAAUAUUUGAAAUGUCAGGUGAGAGAAUCGUUAGAUAUAGGAAUGUACAUCGGAACAAACGACUCUAUGUUAUGUUAUAAUACUACUUAAAUAAAGAUAGUUAAUUUC